AUGGAGAAGAUGGGCAUCCCUGGCUGCGCCACGCGGUGGGUGAAGGCCCUGCUCACGGAUAGGCGUGCUCGUGUCAGGUGGGGAAACGCCCGCUCAUCACAGCGCGUCUUCCAAGAGGGCCUCCCGCAGGGCAGCGUGAUGGCGCCGCUACUGUGGCUGAUCUAUUGCAAUGACCUCGAUGAAGACAUCAACACCAACACCACCCGCUCUCUCUACGCGGACGAUACCGCCCUCCUGGCUACUGGACGUUCGCUGCAGGCGUGCGCCGACCAGCUGCAACCGGAUCUGGACCAAGUCGCCCGCUGGCUGGACAAGUGGAAGGUCGAGGCCAGCCCAAGCAAGUGCGUCUUCACCACCUUCUCGCUACACGCCAAGGAGGUCAACGGAAAGGCCGUCCCGACACUGACCUUCAAAGGCGACCAGCUCGCGCACGAGAAGAACCCGACCUUCCUGGGGCUGACCCUGGACAGCCAGCUCACUUUCACCAACCACAUCGAGGAAGUGAAGAAGAGGAUGGCACAGCGCCGACGCUGUCUGACAGCUCUGGCGGGCAGGUCAUACGGCAGUGACCAAGCCACGCUGCGUGCGGCCUACAUCGCGUACAUCCGCAGCGUGGCCGACUACGGAGCUGCCCUCUACUCCACUCACGCUGCACCCUCCGUGCGGGCCCGGCUCGAGGCAGAGCAGCACAAGUGCGCCAGAGUGAUCACUGGCUGCAUCCGCCUCACAAACUCGGAGACCCUCAUCACCGAGGCCGGCCUGCCACCACUCGCAGUGAGAGGCAGGGAAAUAGCAGCAAUGGAGCAGGAGCGACUCGCCAGACUGCCGCCAGGAGACCCCGCCAGAGCCCUCACCGAGCGACACGUCCGCCCACGCCUCAAGCACAGGGCUCAUGAGGCCUGGCAGCGAGCGCGCACUGAGGCCAGAAGACGCGGCGAACCGCCGCCGGACCCCCCGAGCGAGGACACGGCGCUGCCCUUCAAACCGUGCUUCCGGCGGGUCAGUCAGUGGAUGGCCAAGGAGGCGGGUCUAGCGGACCUCCCACGGGAACCGCUGGCCCUGGUCCCGGAACAGCCGCCGUGGACCAAUCCAGCAGACGCGGUCACCUUCCGCCUCUCCCUCCCGCGCGCCAACAGAAGAGACGACCCACCCGCCGUGAGGAAAGCUGCCGCCCUCGAGGCGAUAGCCAUGGUCAACCCGGACUGCACCAUCUGGUCCGACGGCUCCGCCAAGUCCGGCACCAGGGACGGAGGCGGCGGUGCGCUGAUCCAGCUGCACCGGGAGAACCGCGAAGUGGAGACAUUGGUGCCGGCGGGCUCGGUCUGCAGCAGUAUGCGGGCCGAACUCGCAGCGAUGUUGGCGGCGUUCACCUGUCUGCUGGCACAACCGGGGGAGACCAGGAGCCGCAUCAAGACAUGUCUGCUGUGCACCGACUCCCUCUCCGGCCUUCAGCUACUCCAACGCGGACCGGAGGCCCAGCAGCUGGUCCUCGCCGAGCGCGUCUGGGCCGCGAUGGACUCACUGGGGGAACAGAACACGGCCAUCAUCCUCCAGUGGGUCCCAGGCCAUGCCGACAUCGCCGGCAACGAGGCGGCAGACAGGCUGGCUAACCGUGCGGCGGCCGAGUAUGCCCAAUCGGAGACGCCCAUCGAUCUGGCCAGCGCCCGAACCGCCAUACGGCAGCGCGCCAGGGAAAUGCAGGCCACGCGUGCACACCGGCACCCGCACCCCCAGCCCACGCCUGGACUCCAAUACCUCCCGCGCUGGGGGCAAGUGACCGUGUCGCAGUUGCGGACCGGCUACUGCCCCCUGGCACGAGCGACGCUCCACCGCCUGGAGCUCACCCCGGACCCUCUCUGCCGGGACUUCCACGUCUCUGGGACACAGGACUUCAGCACAGGCAUGAGAAGCACAGAAAACGACUCAGCAGUCACACCCAUCGUCUCCAGUGCACGAACAUCAGACACCAAACCAUCCACCAUCUGA